AUGCAGGCUUCUGGAGCACGCAGGCGCAAUGCUUCCACGGCAUGCUCCUGCGCAGUCAUUGCAGCAGUCCUUUGUUUGCUGCUGAGCAUCUGGCACUGCUCCGAGACAGCUUCCUCACCGUCUGGCUUGGAGAAAAGCUUCAAGCGCCUACUGACACCUGCUGAGCUUCUUCGAUCUUUUCCUUUGCCUUUCACACUGAAAAAGUUUGUCAAUGAAAGCCGGGCCGAGGCGGCUGCCAUCUUGCAGGGUAGGGAUGAUCGCUUGAUUGCAGUCGUGGGCCCGUGCUCCAUCCACGACCCGGAAGCUGCCCGGGAUUACGCCCGUCGCCUUCAAGAAGUGAAGGUAAAACUGCAAGACGAUCUACUCAUCAUCAUGCGAACAUACCUGGAGAAGCCACGGACCAGCGUUGGCUGGAAAGGUUUGGUCAAUGAUCCCGACCUUUCUGGGGCAGAAGAUCUGGGAAGAGGCUUGGCACUGGGCCGGCGAGUUUUGCUGGAUAUGAAUGCAGCUGGGCUCCCGACUGCUGUAGAGUUUCUGGACCCCAUCGUUGCGCCCUACAUCGAGGAUGCAGUGAGCUACGGCAGCAUCGGGGCCCGCACGGUCGAAAGCCCCAUCCACCGGGGCUUGGCGGCGAGCCUGAAGAUGCCCAUGGGCUUCAAGAACACCCGAACAGGUGACAUCCAAAGCGCGGUAAAUGCCGCAGUGGCAGCAUCAGCUCCACAGAAACGGCUAGCUCCAGACAGCCGCGGCCGCGUACGCAUCAUUCAGGCUGAAGGCAAUCCCGACGCACACAUUGUGCUGAGGGGCGCCGAGAGUGGUCCCAACUAUGGCGAGGCCUUCGUGACAGAAGCCAAGGAAAGGCUAAGCAAAGCCGGUUUCCGUGGUGCUCAGAUCAUGGUCGACUGCUCUCAUGGCAACUCGGGGAAGAAGUAUGAAAACGAGGUGGUGGCUUGCAGAUCUGUUGCUGAGCAGGUGGCCGCCGGUAACACAGCAAUUGGUGGCGUUCUCAUAGAGAGCUUCCUCGUCGCUGGCAAUCAGAAACUAGAUCCAGGCGUCACAAAGGUGAAAGACCUUCAGUACGGCUGCAGUGUGACAGACUCCUGCAUGGACUUCAACUCCACCAAGGAUCUCCUUGGUGAGUUGGCGGCCGCCGUCGUUGCGAGACGCGCUCAAGUAUCGCAGAGCUGGAAAGAGGCUCGGACCAGCGAGCCCGCCAGCGCCUGA